AUGAGUCUCCGAACGGCUAUGUCCCUCCCACGGAGGGCGACUUGCUUCCAUGCGUCCGCAGUGGAUCCCCGACGCUGGCCGUCCAGCCAGGCCCGAGCUUUCUCCACAACUAUGCACCGUGAUGCGACGUGGGGCUUUAUCGGACUGGGGCAAAUGGGUUACCAUAUGGCCAAAAACCUGCGCGCCAAGAUUCCCGCAUCUGAUACCUUGAUUGUGCGUGAUGUCAAUGAAGAUAUUAUGAAAAGAUUCGUUGCAGAGGCCCAGGAGACCGCACAAAGCAAUGGCGCAGGCGCCAAUGAAGGCCAAGUCGAGAUCGCUCAGAAUGCGCGCGAGGUCGCCGAGAAAUCGAUAGUCAUGGUUACCAGUCUCCCGGAGUCUCAGCAUGUCAUCGACGUGUUCCACUCUAUCCUUAAACAUGGGCCACUGCCACCGCUCGAGCAGGAGCGUCUCUUCAUCGACGCAUCCACCAUUGACCCCGUCACAUCCAAGGAUAUCGCAAACGCAAUCCACACCACGCAAACUGGCCGCUUUGUGGACGCCCCCGUAUCAGGAGGUGUGGUUGGUGCCCGCGCAGGAACGCUGUCAUUCAUGUUCGGCGCCUCUUCACAGUCAGGCGAAUUGCUUGAGCGUAUCCGCGGCGUGCUCGCUUUGAUGGGUAAGAAGGCCUGGCAUCUUGGUGAGCCUGGUGCUGGUGUGUCCGGCAAACUCGCCAAUAACUACAUUUUGGCCCUGAAUAAUAUCGCCACUGCCGAGGCUAUGAACCUCGGUGUUCGCUGGGGACUCGAGCCUAAGGCCUUGGCGGAAAUGAUCAACUCGUCUACUGGUCGUUGCUGGCCCUCUGAGGUUAAUAAUCCCGUUCCUGGUGUCGUUGAGACAGCCCCCGCAUCGCGUGGCUAUGAGGGCGGAUUCGGUGUGAGUCUCAUGCACAAGGAUCUCCGUUUAGCUCUUGCGGCUGCGGAGCAGUCUAAUACUCCUCUCGCUCUGGGUGCCCAGGCUCGUGAGGUUUAUAAGGCUGUUGAGGAGGAGCACCGUGGUAAGGAUUUCUCCGUGGUUUACAAGUGGUUGCAGGAGAAGUCUCAAUAA